AACCCGGGGUCAGUACCCUGAUGCUGGACAGUGCCGCGGCGCGCGCGCUCCGACGCACGCGUUUACACCGACAUCUUUCAUUUGUUGGAAACGAUAUCAGCCAUGUUUCGUCGAGGAGUCCUGUUAGCUGUUUUGCUGCAAGUGACACAGAAUGUGCUGGUCCAAUCAGCCCAGCAGGUGUUACUGUCAGACUCCUACCUGCCAGUGGCUAUGCAGGUCAUCGCACACUUGACAGAUCAAAUGGCCUUCGAAGUGAGGGAUGACAUUCCCCCAAAGUCGUCCACCACGGCCGCCCCACUGUAUGUGACCUCAGAUUACUACGCCAACUUGGAGGGUUUUGGGUGGAAGGGGUCUGAUAGUACGCAGAGGGAUGUAACAACCCCAUUCCACAAACCAGGUCUCUACGCCCCAUCUACCCCUCCGAAACCAACCGAUAAGAACAUCCCGAAGAACCCGAAUUACGUCCUCCUCCCGGUAGAGCAUAAUGCGCAAUACACCAUCAUAGAGCCCCAGGGGAAGAAGAAGGAGGAACCCUUCCUCUCCGCCCACAACGAGGAGGUGAAGCCACUCCUGGAGCCUCGCCCCAGCCUGCAGCAUCAGUUCCUGCCGUACGAACAGGAUGUUAAAGCUUCCAGACGUUCUGACGGCUACGAAGAUAUCGACGAGGAAAGCCUGCAGUACUUAUCACAGAACGUUCGGGAUAUGAUCAGAAUGGCCCACGACCCGGACGACGACCGCGUGGUGGACGUGUGGGACGGGCUACGAGCCAGCCCGUCCGAGCCCUCCACGCGCCAGAAGCUCUCGUCCUCCAACCUGAGGCUUCUGCUCCUGUAUGACCUGCUCAGCAGAGACGCCAAGAGACAACGGCUGUCAGAUUACAGUGGUUUCUCUCCCAACGUAAUGAGGGACUUAGUGGAGUCGUCCGGAGGAGGGGCCAGGGCGCAGCUCAGCAUGGCGCUGGCCAAGAUGGUGGAGCGACACGACUGUGGCCACGAGUACGCCAACAAUCGCGCCAAGGAAAUGGUGGCCGAGCUGGCCAAGGCCGAGUCCAAGUUGUCCUCCGAGAUCAGAUACUUGCAACCACUGGUCUAUAAGUAUUAAUGAAGUCUGAUUAUGAUGGGCACACCAAAAAGUAUAGACUAUUAAAAAUAUAUAUUUAUGAAAACUGAUACUGAUAAUAUCAGAUAUUAUUAUACAGAUAAAUAAUGAUUAGGAGAUUUACUCGAUUUUAAAAACCAACCAAGUGCAAGUCAGACGAAGAGUUGGAAAAAAUAAAAUUUGUUGUAUAAGAAUAAAUACCAAAAAACAAUAUAUUUAUUUUACACUGUUUUUUUGUAUUUGUUGUUAUAGCGACAACAAUACUGUGUCGGAAAUACAGCCUGGUGACAGAUGGACGGACUGAUGGACAGACAGCAAAGUGCUUAUAGGGUCCCUUUAAGCCUUUAAAGGGAUCAAAAUAAAAAUUACUAAUAUAAUUUAUGCCAAACAUAAAUAAACGAAUUCGAAUUUGACGUAACAUGUGACUAGGAAUUAUUACCGAUUCAGUAUAUAAUGAUAUUAUACUGAAAAGAGUCAGCAAGAAAUUAAAAAUGUUGUCUUUAUUUUUUGGUUGCCUAUAACGUAGUGUAUUAUAAUUAUAAAAUCUUAAUAAAGUCCUUACAAUAACAUCUUCUUACAAAAAUAAUGGGUAGAUAUUUUUAAUACCAAACUGAACAAAAUAUGUAUAAAUAUUCAUAUUUUUUUACUAAAAUGCAUAGAUCUCUCCUUUAGCUAAGGUAAAAACUGUCUUUACCUAAAAUCUGUCAAAUACAACACAACUUUACCUUGCCUUGUAAAAUAAUUUAUCAGAAUGGACGAUAUCUUGGUAACAAAAGAAUCACAAAAAGAUACUAAUAUUUAUUUUAAGUAUAAAUUAGAAAUGCAACAGAUUUGGUCAUUAUUAUUAAGUUAAUUUAAAUUUUUAGCCAUCGUCGUGUGUUAAACAUACAAAUUAAUUGUAAUUAUUAAUUUUAUAGUAAUUUUAAGUUUAUACUUUAUAAUAUUUUUAUUCUAUAUCCCUUUAAA